ACGCGCUGCACUUCGCCGAGCAGAGUUUUCGUUUAACACUCGCACCUACUGUACACGGUAGUGGGGCUUGCCCACUUCCUCUGGCGCGUACCCACUUGAGGAUGCGAGCUGCUAGAGCUUCGCUGUGCCGAAGGCGAAGUCGGUAAGCGCUCCAGUCGCGCGGAUGCGCGGCCGUCCGCCCAGUCCGCCCUCGGUGGGAGGAGCGGCGCAACCACAGCGCCGCCACUCCACGAGGGAGGAGGAGCGGCGAGAUGCGCUUCUUCUCAGUCGGCCAGCAGUUGUGUGGAGGAAGCGGCGCACACGGAGGAAUGGCUCCAGCGUCGAUAGAAGGAUUGUCCCAACGUCGUCGUCGCCGGCGCCGGCGCGCCGCGGGGACACCGUGAGCAGCAUGCCGGUGUGCGGCCACCAGGGCCUGCUUGUGCUGUGCGCCUCGUUCGUGUGCUGCUGCUGCCUGCUGCUGCCGCCGUCAGCACAGGUUCCUCCCUCAAGCGGCGACCUCUCCUUCAAGCACCGGCUGUCGUCUUCGUGCAAUUCCACGGGCAGCGGCGUGCGCUCGUUCCUGUGGUCGACGAGCAGCGAGCCGCCGUCGUACUUCUUCGGCACCAUCCACGUGCCGUACACCCGUGUCUGGGACCACGUGCCGGAGAACGCGAAGCGGGCGUUCGGCAACGCCGACCGCGUCGUCUUCGAGCUCGACCUGCUCGACCCUGGCACCCUGGAGGCGCUCGCUAGCUGCCAACUACUGCCCGAGGGACGCUCCCUGGCCGACGUCCUGCCGGCCGACCUACUCUCGAGGUUGCGAAGGCAUUUGGACUACGUUCGUGCCAAAAUGUCGUCGUGGAUGACUGCCGACCAGCGUGGUCGCGGCCUGUACGCCGACUACCUGUUCCACGCCAUCACGGGUGACUGGGAGCGCAAGCGGCCCAUCUGGGUGCUCCUCAUGGUCGACUCGCUCACCGAGGGAGACGUGCGCGCCCGCGGCGUGCCCGUGCUCGACCUCUUCCUGGCGCAGGAGGCACAGCGCCUGGCCAAGCGCACCGGCGCCGUCGAGCAGGUGCACGAGCAGUGCCUGCCCCUCAACGGACUCAACGGCAGCCAGGUUCUGUUCGCGCUGGACCAGACGCUGCGGCAACACGAGCGCAUCCGGCGCGGCGCGCAACGCUCGGGUUACGGAGCCGACGAUCUUAUCCGGCACUACAACUGCGGUGACCUCGAUGCUGUGGUCUUCUCCAGGGACACGGCGCAGGUGCCUCCGCUAGCCAACACGUCCCUGCGGCUGUCGGCGCGAGAGCUCCGGCUGGCCAGGGACAUCGACCGCUACUUUCGGCACGAGCUCAUCUACAAGCGAAACCACCGCAUGGGUGACCGCGUGCUACGGCUGCUCAGGGCUAACCCGGGACAGAGCUUCUUCUUCGCCUUCGGAGCAGGUCACUUCCUCGGCAACAACACAGUGCUGGACUUCGUGCGCCAGGGUGGAUUCGACAUCGAGCACAUCAUGGCCACCAGGAGCAUUCCGGAGGUGAAGAAGGGCAGCGAGCAAGAGAGUUCGUGGCCGGACCCUGCGGAGGUGCUGGGCGACCAGCAGCAGUCGGCCACCGACCAGGCACCGGGAUGGCGGCGCAGGAAGGCCAAGAAGAGGCCCUUUCUUUCGUCGCCGCCCAUCACCGCCAGGCCGCGGAAGUUCAACGAUCUAUGGGUGCGCCUGGACUCCACCUGGCGUCCUCGGUCGCUGCCUGCCGAGGCCCUGGGUGCGCGUGCCUCCGCACCGGCAGUAUCGCUCAAGCUGUGGCGCGGACACCGGGCGGCCGCGGCCAGCACGGGUCAGACGACCAUCCUAGUCGCGCUCACGUCCUACUUCGCCGCGAGCCUCGGAAGCUUCCCGCCAUGAGCCGGCAGCCUGCUGUUCCAUGCCGGCCACGACGGGGCAGAGAAAGGCACGCAGAAUUAACAUAGCGGUCGAUGACCCUACGUCGGCAAGGCCGCGUGUAGUGCAGAUGAAGUGCGCAGUGUAUACUGGACCAGCAGUGGAACACAACUUUCUCGUCUUCAAUGCCUCCAAGCCUGUGUCAGUUUGGAUGUGUGCUCAGGUCUACGGUGGUGCAUUCGGUCAUCAAGCGCGGACAUGAUACCUCCCGACUGUGCCGUGCUAGUGCGCUGUCAUGGGUGCAGAACGAAGUGACGGUGUGCUGACCGAGAACCAGCGACGCUUUCUGUCUACAAUCAAGAGUUCAGCCAUCUUCGUCGGUUAAAAAAACCUGCACAUAGCCGCGUUGUUCAAAGUGCCGGGAUCGCUUACUCGGGAGCCAGUCGAAGGGCUAGCUGACGCCGCCGAAUGCAGUCUAAAAUGCGCUGUUCUCGAGUGCACUAAGACGUACUUACAAGGUCGUUCGCUAUGAACUGGCGUCGUCUUUCAUCGGCUGGAGUGCUUAUUUGGGCCGGUUGGUACAUUUCCAUAGAUAACGAGAUACAGCCCGAACCACAGGACAACAGGAAAGAGACGGACAGAGCUUAGUCCGUCUCUCCUGUGGUUCGUGCGGCUUUUAGUUUUCAUCAGACUACGAAGGUGGCCAGCAUCCAGCUCAUUCUAAACACUGAAGACGCACGGGGGCAGUUGGCGGUAGAGUGUUUACCUCCAACUCUAGCGCAGGAAGUCGCGUGUUUGUCGAUAUGUGAACAGACGCCGCAGCACUUACCUCAGAGGGAACGUAGCGCCAUUUCUGUGGAUGCAGCUUCACCUAGCUCCGCUCACUGCGACGCGCUCGCCGGUCACAUCUUUCAAUAGAUAAACUGGCGUUUGCAACAGAAUCCAGCGCCGGCUUCUUGCGCUCAUCUGCUGUCACAAACAGGAAACUAUAGUUCGAUAAACUCUUACGCUUUUAAAUUCGAAUGCAACACGUCCUACCAAGAAAUUUAUCAGUGACGAGCGUACAUGAAUCCCAACAACGCAAAAAAAAAAAAAAAUCUGCUAAGUCAACUGCAGGUCUUUCUAAGCAUCUAUUCACAGCAAUAUUUACAAGCCACAAAGCAAGAUGCCUAGGUUUACCGUAGCAGGUUACUUAUAACACGUGCAAAUAUUUGCCAUGCUAUGUCCUCUUUCCUCCCAGUCAACCACAUGAGGAAAAGCAUUUCAUUAUCAUUAAA